AUGGACUGUCCAGAAGACAUCGUCUUUCAGGGAUAUCUUAAAGAGUGUAUGUACAUUCUCUUUUACCGUCUCUUUCUUUCUUUCUUUCUUUCUUUCUUUGAAGAAUCGUCUUCCUUUUCUUUUUUAUUUCCCCUUUUCUUUCUUUUAUUUUUCUUUUCUUUCUUUUUUUCUUUCUUUCAUCAUCGAUUUUUUUCCUUCUUGAUUUUUCAUCUGAUUUUUUCGCGUUUUAUCGUUCACUUUUCCGUUUCCUGUUUGCUCAACCAUUUAUUUUUCCUUCUUUUUCGUCGACAUUUUCUUCCUUCCUUCCUUCCUUCCAUUCUUUCUUCCUUCUUUCCUUUCUUUUCUUGUUUCCACAUCUUCUUUUUCUUCUUCAUCUCUUCACUUUCUUCUUCUUCUUUUUAUUACAUUACUUUCUGUUACUUCCGAAUAUGUCUAUUUGAACGUCCCGAUACGGUCUUCUUCACACUUUUCCUUCCGGGAAAGUUUUAUUUGAACAUCUAUCUAUCUAUCUAUCUAUCUAUCUAUCUAUCUAUCUAUUGUCUGGUCAUAUAUAUCUAG